CUCCGAAUCCUUCCUGGGUCAAGAGGGCCCAGAUGAGAUCCUGUUGUGCACAGUCCGUCUACUAAACCACUCUAUUACGAGAUGAAAGGCUGGGCAACCCUCCACAGAGAAACGAUGGGCGCAAUCUUAGUUAAAUCAAUAGUGCGGUGGUUGCCUGAUCACUCGGCCUCCACAGGAGUCAUCCACGCGCUUGAGCGGCACCGCGGGUAACAUGCAGCGAACGGCUUCUUGGCUUAAAAUCGGCGCGUCCCUGCGCGGGUGCGCGCCACGCAGCAACUUCUCCAACCGUGUUGCCUUCACCAGAACCAAGUCAACCAACAUUCGAUUCAUCGCCAUGCUUCGCCGAGCGUGGCCAAGCCCAGACGGGCCAACCGGCAGGCCAAUUGGGAUGGUCAACGCCAUCAACGAGCCGAUGACGGGCAAGGAGAUUGCCACACAGGAAACGCCAUUGCCGCUUGGUACCUUGGGGGGAUUUGUAGAGUUCCUUUCGCACCACAAACUCCCCAAUGGCGAGGUGACGACGAUCCCCACGCUCCCAUCCUCAGACUUCGCCAGGUUGGCGAAGCCGUACAACGACUGGGCUCCGGCGCCGUACAACAACAACUCCAUACGCAGCGAUUCGGCCAUGAACCGGUUCAGCUUGUGCUUCACCGGCUUGCCGGACCUGAUGGACAUGGAAGCCCUUUUCUCCGGUGGCGGCCUGUCGUUGCCAACACUAAUCGAGUCCGAACUCGAAAUGUGCAAGCAGCGGUUGUGGGCGGGCAUGCCUCCCAUCUCCGACAGGCGCUGGGCAGAAAAGAAGCUCGACUCGCCGGAGAACAUUGAUCUCGCGGUCGAACACCUGCUCAAAACCACCGACAUGGUCUACUUCAGCCUGGAAGAGCCCUCCCGCAAGAUGCGCCAAACCUACAACAAAUGCUACGACCUCCUCGCCCACUUCGACACCGUCCUGGCAGCCUACUACGCCGCCAACCCCAGCACCCCGCGCCCAUCCCCCGUCCCCCGCGUCGCCGACCUCUGGGCCGAGUUCUUCUACGCCCACAUCCAAUUCAUCACCAACCGCAUCCACACCUGGGCGGCCGCCCACGUCGACCGCAUCACCGACGACCUCGUCCACCGCUUACAAACCGCGCCCACCGAGCCCGGCGGCACGCGCAUGAGCCCGCAACAAGAAAUCUUCUUCGCCCAAUUCCAACGCCUCAGCCACGUCAUCCGGCGCCUCGACGAGGUGAUCCUCAUCCCCCUCAUCGGCUUCAAGAACACGCUCCCGCACUGGCGCCCCACCGCCUCCCCGCCCGUCGUCAACUGGCCCGUGUACAUACGCGCGGGCGGCGCCGCGCCGCUCGGGGGCGCCUACCCGGCCGACAUCCAGCAGCGGGACGAGGUGUACCACCAGCGCGUGGCCAACCUGGUGCGCGGGGCGAUGCUGCGGGACCGGGCGGCGCGGAGUGUCGAUGCUGCUGUCGCGGCGGGGACGGGUCGCGAGUUUGCGGGGGAGGGCGUGGCGGCGCCGACGCGCGGGGUCAGGGCCGCGUAUGCGCAAGGGAGGAGGGAGUUGAGGGGGGAGCCGGAGCCCGUAAGGGAGGAGUUGUGGGUUGCGGCGCUGAGGCGGUCUAUGGAGCCGGGUAGGGAGGGACGGCCGCCGCUGUUUGCGAGGUGGGGGUUUGUGGUGUAUCGGUUGUGUUAUGGCCACUCGGAGGAGGAGUGGGCGGCGUUUUUGCGGAAGUUUGAGGAGAAUGUUAAGAACUGGGGGAAGGGGGUUGCUGGGGCGGAUGCUGUCAGGGAGAGGAUGGAGAUUCGGUGGGUGGAUGGGAGGGACCAUGGGAUUGCGGAGGGGGAUGUGGAAGGGGCAAGGAAGCACUUCAAGGCGUUGGACGAGAAUGGGGGCGCUGGCCUUGACGGCUUGAACGCCCCGGCAUUCUUGGUUGCUGACCAGAGUUCCAUUGAUUCGCACAUCCGCGAAUCUACGCUGCCUGGGCAAACACUCGUUGAUGAGGCCGACAUGAGCCCUUUCAUAGUGGUUGGGGCGAAAGAAGUAAGCGAGUCAGGCCGCACGCCCGGGGGCUUUGAAGGGAUAGUUAGGGUCCUAGGCUCGGUGUUGGUUGAUGAUGUUUGGGCGUGUCUAUUGUUGAGGAAUGUUGAACUGAAGGAAAUGUGGAAUUUGGCGACGUGGCAUCCGGCGGGUGUCUACGUCGGAAUGGUGGUGCGGAGCCAGGUUGACGGCUGGGAUCGGUUUCGGGGGGCCAAGGAUGACUUCGUGAAGAAGGCGCAUGAGUGGAAGCGUCAGGGGAGGCUUGACUAGGUGCAUGUAGUCGCCAAGUACCUCAGUUGCAGCAUACGCGUGUGGUUGUAGCUGAACGCCAUGUGAAAGUCCGAGUUGCAACCCAAGUGGGCACAGCUUGAGGUUCGCCGGGAGCUGUCCCGGACAGGGCCCCUCGUCGGGCUUCGAUAUCACCGAGGCAGGCGGAUGACGUCACGCUCUCACUGCAGCCUC